AUGAACUCCCACUCUCUUCUCUUUCUAGCUGUUCUCUACCUAGGUAGAGCCCUAGGCGCACCAUCCCACCAUGCCCUUGCCGGCAAAAUCCACAACCUCAGAUCCCAGCGCGGUUCCAGACCCCUCCAAAAGUUCGAGCCAGCCUCCUUCUCCCGCUUCAAGCCAGUGGACACUCUCUCUUCCCAAAUCCGCGGAACAUACAGCUCCAACUGGGCCGGCGUAGUGCUCGAAAACCCGCCUCCAAGCGCAACCUACACAUACGUCUCGGCAACCAUUACCGUCCCAACCCCAACUCCAACCGACAACACCACGUACCAGGCAUCAUCCGCCUGGGUCGGUAUCGAUGGGGAUACCUACACCACCGCGAUACUGCAAACCGGCGUGGACUUCUAUGUGAUCGAUGGAGAACCGUAUACCGAUGCUUGGUACGAGUGGUACCCCAACUUCGCCAUGUACUACGAUGAAUUUGCAGUGAGUCCGGGGGAUGUUAUUAUUGCUUCGGUGAAUGUGACGGCGCCGAAUCGCGGGGUGUGUAUGGUUGAAAAUCUGAGUACGGGGGAGACGGUGUCAAAGACAGUUUCUGCACCGAAGAGCACGGCAACAAUAGCCGGGUGGAAUGCGGAGUGGGUAGUGGAGGAUUUUGAGUCGGCUGGGGAGUCCGUGCCGUUUGUAGCUUUUGAUCAGGUUCGCUUUGAGGGAUGCACAGCGUACGCCGAUGGGGUUGGGUAUGGGCUGGGAAAUGCUACAGUUUAUGAGCUGGUGCAGGACGCCGUGGUUGUGGCUGGAGUCAGUAUCGGGGAUGGAGAUGAGAACGAGAUGAUUGUUAAGCGUUAUAGCGUGUGA